AUGCUCGCCCUGGAGGCUGCACAGCUCGACACUCCACACUUCAGCUGUCUGUACCCAGAUGGAGUCUUCUAUGACCUGGACACAGGCAAACACCCCGGAUAUCCCGACUCCGAGGGCGCUCCAGACUCUCUGUGGGGAUGGGCCGAGGCCCCACCUGUCCCCGCAGCCUCAUACGAAGCCUUUGACCCAGCCAUGGCCACCUUCAGCCACACCCAGGGUGUCCAACUGUGCUACGGACCCACGACAUACAACCCAGCAGGAAGCCUGGACCUGGCGCCCAGUGUGGAGUCCCUGGGGCCCGGCUUCCCAGGGUACCCCGCAGAAGACUUCCCCAUCCAGACCCUGGGCCCCCCGGCAUACAUACCAUACGAAGAGGCGGAGAUUCUGUUGGACGGCCCCGCGCUGGAGGUCUCAGACAGCGAGUCAGACGAGGCCCUCGGCGCUGGCCCUGAAGGGAGGGCAUCAGAGGCAGGUGCCCGCAAGAAGCUGCGCCUGUACCAGUUCCUGCUGGGACUGCUGACGCGCGGGGACAUGCGGGAGUGCGUGUGGUGGGUGGAGCCGGGAGCCGGCGUCUUCCAGUUCUCGUCCAAGCACAAGGAAUUGCUGGCGCGCCGCUGGGGCCAGCAGAAGGGCAACCGCAAGCGCAUGACCUACCAGAAGCUGGCCCGCGCGCUGCGCAACUACGCCAAGACCGGCGAGAUCCGCAAGGUGAAGCGCAAACUCACCUACCAGUUCGAUAGCGCGCUGCUGCCCGCCGCCCGCAGGGCCUGA